CAUCCCCACCAAAGCCCAUCCCAGCGCGCGCGCGAGAGAGAAAUGGGAAACCCUAGCGUCAUCUCUCCUCUCAAGGUCGCCUUCGCAUUCGCUUUCUCCUUCUCUCUCUCCCUCUCCCUCUCCUCCUCCUCCAAGAUUCCUCCUUCCAUCUCCCUCAAAUCCUCUUCUUCUUCCUCUUCCUCGCCCUCUUCAUCCAACUCCUUCGUCUCCGACCUCCUCUCCAUCCUCGGCGCUCCAUGUGACGCCGCACGCGUCAACGCUCGUGAGGCCAAGGAAAUCCGCUCUUGCCUCCGUUUCCUCGUCCCCUUCACUCCUUUCUCUUUUGGAAAGAUCGAAUCGCGUUCAGGAAGGAGAUUCAUUGCUACUUUCCGCGAUGAUAGAGGUCAUGAUCAUGCUAAUCAGAUGGUAUGGUGGCCGCCGAAGCCGGUGAUGGAGCUGGCUCGUCUCGCCGUUGACUCCGGCGGCGACCCCGAGAUUCACCGUACUCUCGAUCCCACUGUUCUCGCCGUGCCAAAUGUGGAGGGUGCGGAGGAGGACAAGUGCCAACUAACAAGUACACCAUAUGGAAGGCGCUUCAUAGACAAGGAGUUGAACUCCUACUUUGCAUUCUUAUUUGAAUUGAUUGCUGCUCGAGCACCCUUGGUGGGUUUUAAUGUGUCCCUUAGUCGAUAUGACUUGUUUCAUGGCCAUAUGUUCCUUGCCACAGACUCUGGAAGGCUUGGAAUACUUUUUCAUGCCAAAGAGUAUCCAGCAUAUGAUAAGGAAGAUUUCCCAUGCAAUUUGGGGUAUUGUCAAAGAGGAUCCAAUGUAGCAUAUGACAAUACUAUGAAUCUCCGAAAUAUUCUUUGGUUGGCACCAUUACCUAGCAAGGUCACAAAAGCUUGGGAAGCACCAGGAGUUCUGGUCGUGUUGGACGCUCGUCCAGAAGGAAUCAUAUACGAAAAACUUGUCCCUUAUUAUGUCGAUAUAUUCAGAACAAUUUAUGAAGAUGAUUUAGGUGAUCAUGUGGUUGAUGUCAAUUACUUGAAUCUGGGAAAUGUGGUUUCUGAAGACAGGAUUUUCAUUUGCUAAAUGGGAGGAAACAAUCUUGCAACAAUUCUGAAGAGACUAGAAUUUUAUUAUCAUUGUUUGGAGAACAUAGUACCUCACAUGUAUGUAAUAUAUUAUGUGUGUAACAAGGACCUCAACAUCCCUGCCAAAGUUGUGCCAAUCUUUCACUUCUCAAAAAAUAUCAAAUAAAUUAUUACUUUAAUAUUAUUUUUGUUAAAAAAA